AUGGAAAAUGUACUGUCAGAAUUCAACCCACAGCAAUUAUUCACUCAAGUUCUUUCAGAGAGAUUAAAAGCAAAUAACCAGCAAAUAAAAACAUGGAGCGACUACAAAAAAAGACACGAGAAAGUUAUCGAAGGUCUGGAUGUUUUGCCUCAGGAUUUAUCAAUAAACUGCAUGGUUCCAAUUGGAAAACGUGCUUUGAUGCCAGGAAAAUUAAACCAUACUAAUGAAAUAACUGUUUGCCUGGGUGACGGGUACUUAGCCAAGUAUACUGCCGCUCAAGCUAAAGCUCUGUGCAAUCGAAGGAUCAAAAAAGCGGAUGAAAUGUUGGAGAAUUUAGAUAAGGAGCGUAGUCUGUAUGAAACUCGAUCAAUGCUACCUAAUUGUUUCGAUAUAUUUAAUAAUGAGGACAAAAAAGACUUCAAUGAGCACUGGGAUGAUAAGAAGCUAGAUGAUUGGAGACGUGAGCAUAGAGAACGAGAAAAGGAGUAUAGGCAGAAAUUACGGGAAUUGAAGAAAGAUAAAAAAGAAAGUGAAAUUAAAACUGAGGAUGAUUUGUUUAAGAGACUUGAUGCUUUAGAACUUCAAGAAGAAUUAGAAGAUGAACUUCUUAGAUUAGAAGCAGAAAAUGAAGAUAAUGAUGGAGAAGAUGAUGAAUAUUAUGAUGAAUCAGAAGUAGACUCAGAAUCAUAUUCUUCAGACUAUUCUGAAGAAGCAACUAACGAAAUCCAAGAGAAGAAAUCAUCUAAAGCUAAUUAUCGUUUACAAGUAUUAAAUAAUGUAAAUACGGGUCAAUUAACUACUAAUACUGAAUAUGAAGAAAAAGAAGAAAAUUGCAACGACCAAUCGGCCGCUGAAAAACAGGUGACAAAUAAAGAAGAAAAAAGUAGUACAAGCAAAGAUAAUUUAUUAGAAUCAAGGACAGUAGACUGUAAGAAGGAUAAGGACGAGGUGAGGGUCAAGGAGAAGAAGGUCGCGUUUGCUGAGCCUCAAGUCAAAUAUUUCAGCAACGAGGAAGAAAUGGAGGUUGGCACCGACAAGAGGCGUAUCUCGGUUAUUGAGCAGAAGCUCUACGAAUACUCUAAAGAAGACGACGAUUCGGAGGACGAGAGCGACGAAGAUGAUACAAUUAGAAUUUACUUUAAGCACUCUGAGGGUGCGCCUAGCAUACUAGUUUCCGAGGGCGACCAGAUCGUUACUCCCAGAGAUAUUUACAAGACGAUCCCGGGGCCUAAGUCUAUUCUCAAGAAGACGCCUGACUUCAAUAAGUCCGACGGCGACAAUGUCAGUAUUAUCGACAAACAAAGUCACCUGACAAGUCUUGCCGACGAGAGCGAGGAAGAGGUCGAACACGGAUUCGUUUAUGAUAACGUUGUUAAGGGGAUUAAAGAACACGUGCCAGAGAAAAAAGUUCAACCCGAAGAGCUUACGGAUAAACCUGCCGAACAGCCGCGACAAGCAAGACCGGUUAGCAAAUUCAAAUUGGAAAGAGCUGGGCUCAGGAAAUAA